CGCGAUGCUCCCGUAAAAUCGAAAGGAUCAAUACUUUGAUACUGGGCAAGACCACUAAGGGCGCUCUCUUCUCGAGAAUAUCGUGAGUGCGGUUGACGUGAAAACUGGCAGCCAUCGGGGAAAAUAUCUCGUCGAGGACCUCUUCGUUUGCUCUGUUCAUCUACUUGGACCAACCAUCCUGCUUUCUUAGAGUAUAAUUACCUCUUCUCUUCUCUCUCUCUCUCGCUAUGCCGCAUUGUUUUCUACUUCUCUCGAUAGCGGCUGCUACUCAGGCGUCGCUAUAUUUACAACCUACGAUUCAGGAGGAUCGUCUUUGGUAUACGAGUCUCCAAAUUGUCUUGGACAGUUUAAACAAAUUAAAUGACGUAGUUGAUUCCUACGCUGAUUACGUAGAUAAUUCUCGAUUGCCUGAUGAUUUUGAUAAAGCCAAAGAGAUACCGAUAGAUCUACCGGCUGAUUACGAAGUCGUCGAUACAUUUAAUCCUAAUCCAAGUAUUCGCGAUCAAGAAUACCUGCGACAUAGUACUCUGUGGAGUCAUCAGCACGUCAAUGAUUAUUACAGGGGUAACGAUAGACACAGGAUGCAGGGUGCUGGUAGAAUUAAAGGUGGAAAUAAUGAAAAAACUGAAAAUGCAUUACCUGCUUAUUGCACACCACCAAAUCCUUGCCCAAUAGGAUACACUAGUGAGAACAACUGUCUUGUCGAAUUUGAGAACACGGCAACGUUUAGUCGUCAUUAUCAAAGUGCACAGGAUUGCAUGUGCGAUACCGAACACAUGGCAGAUUGUCCAUCUAAUACUAAUGAGCUUCCUGGUAUGCGUAUUUCCAAUUCCGAUUUUGAUCGGAUCGUCGAAGAAUUUCGGGAAGAGAAUCCUUUCUUCCAAGGAGAAAAAUUACCAAUAGCUGCAAAGAAAGGUAUAAAUGUAAUUUACUAAAAACCCAAUAAUAUAUGGAAAUAUUAUUUAUCGAGUAUCUCUACACUCAAAUUUAAUAACUCUAUGUAUUACGCUUGAUGGAAAAAUAUUAUAUACGUAUUAAAUAACAAAAUUAUUAUAAUAUAUACUUAUGUCGGAAAGAGAGAGAAAGGGGAAGAUAGAGAAAAAACAAGUUACGUGCUUAAGUUAUUCAUUUGGUCUGCAUAGAUUAUUACAAUUUUUUUAAAUAUAUGUGUGCAUUAAAACGACCACACGAAAAAAUGCUAUUACCAAAUCGAACAGUAUAGUUCAUUGAUGUAAAAAAUGUGUAAAGUAUAUAUAUUGAUAUAUGUAUGUAUGUAUGUAUAAAUAAGGUGUUGUAUCGGGACGGAUGGUUUUACAUGUAAAAAGAAGAAACAUUUUUUUCGUUUCAAACGAUUCGUUCUAUACAUUUUAUUAACAAAUUUAUCAUGCAGUUUUAUUUUAAAUUCCAUAAAAAAAACGAAUAUGAUCUGACUAGGUACAAGAUAUCUUACAUAUCGCUCCGCUGCAAAGUUUCCACUACGAUACUACUCUUGAUAGGAUAUGAAAUAAUUGUGCGGAAUAAUUUAUUAUACAUUCUCGAUUUAUACAUAUAUAAACAAUCUCGAGUCACGAGGAAUUAUGCCUUACUUAAUAAUAAAUCUAUAUUUAGAAUACAUAUGUAUAAAAAACAUAAUUUUAUCUUGCAAAGGAAUAAAUUCGUUCGAGAAA